UGGUUAGAUUAUAAAAUAUAAAGUAAUAAUAAUACAUAUUAAAACCUAAAAAGUUUUAUUUUUUUUUUUUUAAAAAUAAAAAAAAAAAAUCCUCAAAAAUUAAGAUAUAUUUAAAUAUUAAAAAAAAAAAAUCAACAUUUUCCUACUACAACAUAUGCCCACGCGACCACCCACCAACGACUAAAAACUUUUUAUUUCUAAAGUCUACUAACAAUGUAGACUAAUCUCGACCUUUUGAUUAACUCCAGUGAAGAUCCAACGUCCACAAUUCAUUUCAACCAACUCCCUUCUUCAUUUGGUGCUCUUUUAAUCAGCUCUCCUCUCUUGUAAGGCUUACCAACUUUUAAUCACCUACCACCUCUUUCUCUCUCUCUGUCUCCUUCAGCCAUCAACUUUGACAACCCCACUUUCUCUCUUCAAAUCCUCAUUCUUCAAAACCUAUAUAACACCCUCAUACCAUCUCUUUACGCUUCAGAAACGAAAUCCCGUUUCAUAUAUUACUUUAUCAUAUAGCAUUAUUUACAUAGCUAGUUCUUGUUUUUGUAUUACUUAUAGAACUACUAUACACAAAUACAAAUAUUGAUAUGGAGCAGAAAAACGACGUGUCGUUGGAGAGUUUCUGUGUGAAAGGUGAUCCCCUCAACUGGGGUUUGGCAGCUGAGUCGAUGAGUGGGAGUCACUUGGACGAGGUCAAGAGAAUGGUUGCUGAAUACCGAAAACCGGUAGUCAGGCUAGGUGGUGAGACUUUGACGAUAUCUCAGGUGGCUGCCAUCGCCGCCGCCGAUGGGGUGAAGGUGGAGCUGUCUGAGUCUUCCAGGGCGGGUGUUAAAGCUAGUAGUGACUGGGUUAUGGAGAGUAUGAACAAAGGUACCGACAGCUAUGGUGUCACCACCGGGUUCGGUGCCACCUCCCACAGGAGAACCAAAAAUGGCGGUGCCCUUCAGAAGGAGUUAAUAAGGUUUUUGAACGCUGGCAUAUUUGGGCACGGAACAGAGUCUUGCCACACUCUUCCUCACUCGUCAACCAGAGCCGGCUUGCUUGUUAGAAUUAACACCCUUCUCCAAGGUUACUCUGGCAUUAGAUUUGAGAUUUUGGAAGCCAUGGCAAAGCUCCUUAACAACAAUGUCACCCCUUGUUUGCCAUUGCGUGGAACAAUCACUGCAUCCGGUGACCUUGUUCCCUUAUCUUACAUUGCCGGUUUACUUACUGGUAGGCCAAACUCAAAGGCAGUGGGUCCUAACGGAGAAUCCCUUACCGCAAAGGAAGCCUUCAAAGUUGCUGACAUUAACUCUAGUUUCUUUGAGUUGCAACCUAAGGAAGGCCUUGCUCUUGUUAAUGGCACCGCUGUUGGUUCCGGUGUGGCCUCUACUGUCCUUUUUGAGGCAAAUAUUCUAGCAGUGUUAGCUGAAGUCUUGUCAGCAAUUUUUGCAGAAGUGAUGCAAGGUAAGCCUGAGUUCACCGAUCACUUGACUCACAAGUUGAAGCACCAUCCUGGUCAAAUUGAGGCUGCAGCCAUAAUGGAACAUAUUUUGGAUGGCAGUUCUUACGUUAAAGAGGCAAAAAAGCUUCACGAGAUGGACCCCCUUCAAAAGCCAAAGCAAGAUCGCUAUGCUCUUAGGACAUCACCACAGUGGCUUGGACCCCAGAUAGAAGUUAUUAGAUUCUCAACCAAGUCUAUUGAGAGAGAGAUUAACUCAGUGAACGACAAUCCUUUGAUUGAUGUUUCAAGAAACAAAGCUCUUCACGGUGGCAACUUCCAAGGGACCCCAAUCGGAGUUUCCAUGGACAACACCCGUUUGGCUAUUGCAGCAAUUGGUAAACUGAUGUUUGCCCAAUUUUCUGAGCUUGUAAAUGAUUUUUACAACAAUGGUUUGCCUUCAAAUCUCUCUGGUGGUCGCAACCCAAGUUUGGAUUAUGGUUUCAAGGGAGCUGAAAUUGCCAUGGCCUCUUAUUGUUCUGAGCUUCAAUAUCUUGCUAAUCCAGUGACUAGCCAUGUCCAAAGUGCUGAGCAACACAACCAAGAUGUGAACUCUCUAGGAUUGAUAUCAUCAAGGAAGAGUGCUGAGUCUAUUGAGAUUCUCAAGCUCAUGUCUACCACAUUUUUGGUGGCUCUUUGCCAAGCCAUUGACUUGAGACAUUUGGAGGAGAAUUUGAGGCACACAGUUAAAAAGACGGUGAGUCUAGUUGCUAAGAAAGUUCUGACUUCCGCAGUCAGUGGUGAACUCCAUCCUUCAAGGUUUUGCGAAGCUGAUCUACUUAAAGUGGUAGACAGGGAAUAUGUUUUUGCCUACAUUGAUGAUCCAUGUAGUGCAACCUAUCCAUUGAUGCAAAAGCUACGACAAGUACUAGUCGAACAAGCUUUGGUUAAUGGUGAAACUGAAAAGAAUCCAAACACUUCUAUCUUUCAAAAGAUUGGAGCUUUUGAAGAGGAAUUGAAGAACAUAUUGCCUAAAGAGGUUGAGAGUUCAAGGGUUGCUCUUGAAAGUGGGAAUCCAACCUUAACAAACAAGAUUAAGGAUUGCAGGUCUUAUCCUUUAUACAAGUUUGUGAGAGAUAAUUUGGAAACAGAUUUGCUAUCAGGAGAGAAUGUUAGAUCACCAGGAGAAGAGUUUGACAAAGUGUUCACUGCCAUGUGCCAAGGAAAGAUUAUUGAUCCCUUGUUGGAAUGUCUUAGCAACUGGAAUGGUACCCCACUUCCAUUGUGUUAAUUAUUUCUUAUACUUCGAUUGUCCUUUUCCCUUUUUUUAUUAUAUAUAUAUGUCCAUAAAUGUUGCUUGAGUUGCAACAAGGUGACUGAGCUAAGAGUUGUAAAAUAAUAUUUGAACUUGCUUUUAUUAUUUGAUAUAUUUUAUAAUAUUAACUACAAUCAGUUUCAAACUCAUGAUGCAUAUGAUGUAUCAUUUGAUACUGAAGUUCAUUGUUCUA